UACACACACUCACCUGCCUACACACACACACACACACACACACACACACACACACACACACAAGUUUUAUUUUAAACAAAAUACAUAAAAUGCAGAUUUUUGUCAAGACACUCACCGGCAAGACCAUUACUUUGGAGGUAGAGUCCUCCGACACUAUCGACAAUGUUAAACAGAAAAUCCAGGACAAGGAAGGUAUUCCUCCAGACCAGCAGCGUCUCAUCUUUGCUGGAAAGCAACUUGAAGAUGGACGUACGCUUUCCGAUUAUAAUAUUCAAAAGGAGUCGACCCUUCACUUGGUCCUCCGUCUCCGUGGAGGUAUGCAGAUUUUCGUCAAGACUUUAACCGGUAAAACUAUCACUUUGGAAGUUGAGUCCUCCGACACCAUCGAUAACGUCAAGCAGAAGAUUCAGGACAAGGAAGGUAUUCCCCCAGACCAGCAGCGCCUC